AUGGAUCUUUCCUGUCAAAUUGGUCUCAUUUGCCUUCUCUCCGCCGGUGGAGGCUAUCUCACCUGGAAGGCCAUCCCUCAGCUGGAGGAAAAGUUCAUCAAAGCCGGUCUAUGUGGAAUAGAUCUGUGCAAGAAAAAUAAAACUCGGAAAAUAGCUGAAUCACAAGGUGCUGUGGCAGCAUGUAUAUACAUUCUCAUUCUCUUCACCUUUAUCCCUAUUCAGUUUCAUGAGUCCGACACAAGUUCUAGCAACUUUGAGCUUUUGUGCCAGUUUCUCGGUGGCCUUCUUUCCAUCGUCUGUAUGAUGUUCUUAGGAUUCGCCGAUGAUGUGCUUGACUUAAGAUGGGGUGUCAAGCUGUUCUUGCCAAUGGGAGCAAGUAUACCUUUACUGGUAAUAUACGCGCUUACCUAUGCAAACACGACGAUAAUAGUACCAAAGCCUCUUCGAUACUGGUUGGGCUUUAGCCUAAACUUGAGCUACCUGUACUACCUCUUCCUCAUGAAGUUGGCCAUUUUUUGCACCAACGCAAUCAACAUUUUAGCUGGCAUCAACGGCAUUGAAGCAGGACAAAGCAUCAUCAUCGCUUCAUCCAUAGUGUCGUACAAUAUAAUUGAGUUGAUUCGAAGUACGGACCACUGGCAAUCGCACAUCUUUUCACUGAACAUGAUGCUACCCUACAUCGGAGUGACCGCUGGUCUUCUCCGCCACAACUGGUUUCCUUCGCGUGUCUUUGUCGGCGACACGUUCUGCUACUUUUCAGGCAUGACAUUCGCUGUGGUGGGAAUUUUGGGGCACUUUAGCAAAACAAUGCUCCUCUUUUUCAUUCCCCAAGUGGUGAACUUUCUCUACUCGUGUCCUCAACUAUUUAAAUUUGUUGACUGCCCCCGGCACCGGCUUCCCAAAUAUGACGCUGAAACCGACCGCCUUGUUCCUAGCACUUUCACCAUUGAUACGCAGAAAAUCGGCACUCUUGGCGCCUUGAUGAUUCGAAUACUGCGAACACUCGGCCUUGUUAGCUACAAGCAAAUAAGCGCAACAAA